UCACCAUGAAUAUCUAUUAGUGUUUCACGUCCCUCCCUAUUGGAGAGAGUAAGUUUUUUGAAGCUGAGACUUCUCCUUUCAGAAAGAUACACCCGAGCUGCAAUAACCACCUGCUUUACGCCUCUCUAAUUCCGGCUCACAGCUAACGCGCGUCGGAUCAUUCACAGCUCGACUCGAGUACUCGACCCACCCGGGCCGGACCCAAUCACCCCAACGGCUCCUCGCACCAACCACUGUCUCCUCCUAACGCCAACCGCCGCCCUCCUCGCCUCCACCGGAAUGGCGCGGUGAAGAGCCGGACCGGAGAGAGCAGGCGCCGCCGCUGCUACUGCUGCUGCUGCUGCGACUGGGCGGGGGCGGAGGCGGGGAUCCUCCAGCAGGGCGAGAAGAGGGGAGCGGAGCCAUGGCGAGCGACGUGCCCAUGAGCCCUGAGCUCGAGCAGGUGGACGGCGAGAUCCAGGACAUCUUCCGCGCCCUCCAAAAUGGGUUCCAGAAGAUGGACAAGAUCAAGGACUCAAACAGGCAGUCCAAGCAGUUGGAAGAUCUCACUGCCAAAAUGAGGGAGUGCAAGCGCUUGAUCAAAGAAUUUGAUCGUAUACUCAAGGAUGAGGAGAAAAAGAACACUCCUGAUGUCAACAAGCAGCUAAAUGACAAGAAACAGUUCAUGAUCAAAGAGUUGAAUUCUUAUGUCACACUGAGGAAAACGUACCAAAGUAGCCUUGGUAAUAAGAGGAUUGAAUUAUUUGAUACUGGUAACGAUCAAGUGGCUGAGGACACGGUUCAAAUGGCAUCAGAAAUGUCAAAUCAAGAACUCAUUAGUGCUGGAAGGAAACAAAUGGACCAAACCGACCAAGCUAUUGAGCGUUCAAAACAAGUUGUAGCACAAACUGUUGAAGUCGGAGCUCAGACUGCUGCAACUCUAACACAGCAAACAGAGCAAAUGAAGAGAAUUGGCAAUGAGCUGGAUUCUGUUCACUUUUCGCUGAAGAAGGCUAGUCAGAUGGUGAAGGAGAUUGGUCGUCAGGUUGCAACUGACAAAUGCAUCAUGGCGUUCCUGUUUCUGAUUGUCUGUGGUGUGAUUGCAAUAAUUGUUGUUAAGAUUGUCAACCCGCAUAACAAGAACAUCAGAGACAUCCCAGGGCUAGCACCUCCUGCUAUGAACAGGAAAUUGCUGUCCAUUGAAGCCUUCGGAACACUCUGAGCAUUGUUGAAUGGUUGCCCCGUGCAGAGCGGUUCCCUUUUGCUAUUCAGCUGUUGGUCCACAGUACACGCUGUAACGAUUCUUUUGCGCUUGUAUAUUGCCUCUCCUGUCGUUAUUUCCAUUGAUCCAUUCUUUCUCUGUUUGUCGUACUCAUAGCUUCGGGUUUCUAGCGGCACUCGUGUUAUUUGAUGUUUGCGAUCGUCGCCCGGCAUUCUGGUUGUGUGUAUAUGCAGUAGUGAAUAGUGAUGAGGAUGUGAGAUUUUUUAUGAUU